AUGUCAAACACCUCUGUAAUCAUCACCAAUGAAGAGCUGUGGGCCUUGAAUACAGAACUCAAGACCCAAGUGGAGUACUUGGCUAAGCAGAUUGCUCAACUCACCAAAUUCAAAAUGAAUAUGAUGAAUACCCCUGAAGAAAGUGAAGAUGAGCAAGAGGAAGAAGCCCAAUCAGAAACUCAUCCUUGUCCCACAAGGAGAAACAACCAAGAGAAGUCAUCUACUGAUUUCAAAGUUGAAAUCACAACUUUUGAUGGCAAAGAUGACCCGAUGAUUUCAUAGAGUGGUUAGAGACGAUUGAACGUGUCUUUGACUAUACCGAGGUAACGGAGGAUAAGAAGGUCAAGCUUGUGGCCUUAAAAUUCAGAGGCUACGCAUCUACGUGGUGGACUAACACUACCACCAAGCGCAAAAGAGAAGGCAAGGCUGCUGUUAAAACAUGGACCAAGAUGAGAGCUUUAUUAAAGAAGAAGUUCAUUCCUACUCAUUAUAUAAGGGAAAACUUUGCUAGGCUUCAAAACCUACG